AUGUUUGCUGCACAAGACAGUACCGGACUUCCCCAAACUGAUGGACACAGCGACGAAAAACCAAUUAUUGUGCCUGAUCAAGUCUCCGACCUAGGAUUUGAACUGUUUCUGUCCGUGUGCUACAACAAAUGGCGCCCAGAUACUUCACAGGCAUCCGAGACCACCCUUCUUCAGCUCCUUGAGCUUAGUCGCAUGUAUGAGUCCAAGGACGUCCGUGAACACGCCAUCAAGCAACUCGCCUCUCGCCGCUAUACCAUCAAACCUAUCACACUGAUCUCCAUUGCCCUAAAAUAUCAUAUCAAGGACAUCUUCUGUUACGCAUUCAGACGGCUCAUCCCAAAGCCUAUAAACGAACUCAACCACGCCGAUUAUGAGCUUCUUACUGUCCCUGUAUGGAUGACGCUCCUCAGAGUCAAGGAGCGACUCGAACUCCACCGCCGUAUUGUGGCAUGUGAGCCACCACCUAUGGUGCAUUCGCCGUGUUGCCAGGACCACAAGAGGUGUGUUGACGACUGGCGCCAAGUAUGGUGGAAUGGCAUGGGCCGGUACUUGCUUGAUGGUCGUAGUCCUCAGCCAUACAACUCUGCGGUCAAGCAAUUUGAAGGUCUUAGCUAUGGGAGUGUCGACCCCGAGUGUUGGAGAGUGAUGCUCGCUCUUGUCAAGGAGGGGAAGGCAUUUCAGCACGAAGAUGAUCUCAUUUACCGCACAGCUCGGGGACUGGCAGAGUACUUGAUCCACGAACCCUUCUUCGGCGAUGAUAUAGACAUGUGA